AUGGAUCAAGGACGAUUCCUGCAGCAAUUGCAGACCAUCCUGAACCCCUCCCAGGGAAAUGUCAAGGAGGCCACCGGGAUCCUGCAAAAGGAGUUCUACAACCAGCCCCAGUCGCUCGUCUUGCUCAUCCAGAUUGCCACUGGCCAUGAGGACCCGAAUCUGCGCCAGCUGGCUGCCGUCGAGGCCCGCUCGAACGUGUCCAAGCACUGGCUGAAGAUUGCCGCCGACCAAAAACCCCAGAUCCGGGAGCAGCUGCUUCGGUCAACCAUGGGCGAAGGUUCGUCGCUUGUCCGCCACUCUGUGGCCCGGAUCAUUUCGUCUGUAGCCAAGAUCGAUCUGGAGGAUGGCGAGUGGGCUGAUCUGCCCUCUAUCUUGUUGCAAGCUGCUAGCGGCGGCAACCAGGAUGAGCGUGCUGUCUCCAUCUACAUCCUCUUUACUAUCUUGGAGACUCUGGGCGAGGGCUUCGAGGAGAAGUUCAACGAUCUGUUCACCCUGUUUGACAAGACCAUUCGGGACCCCGAGAGCGCCGAGGUCCGCAUCAACACUCUCUUGGCCCUGAGCAAGCUGGCUAUGCACCUUGAUUCGGAAGAAAACGAAGCCCCUGUGCGCGUCUUCCAGGGCAUGGUCCCGGCCAUGGUUGCUGUCCUCAAAGAAGCCAUCGACCAGAAUGACGACGACCGCGUCAUGCAGGGUUUCGAGGUCUUCCAGACCCUGCUCGGCUGCGAUCCCGCCCUGUUGACCGUUCACCUGAAGGACCUCGUGAUCUUCAUGAACGAGAUCGCUGCCAAUGCCGAGGCCGAUGAAGACACUCGCACCCAGGCCAUCAGCUUCCUGAUGCAGUGUGUGCAGUACCGCAAGCUCAAGAUCCAGGGCAUGCGGAUUGGUGAGCAGCUCACCCGUAGCGCUCUGCACAUUGUCACCGAACUGGAUGACUCCCCUUCGGCUGAUGAUGAUAUCACCCCGGCGCGCUCCGCCCUGGGUCUUCUGGACAUGCUCGCCCAGAGCCUGCCUCCCAGCCAGGUUGUCGUCCCCUUGUUGCAGUCGCUGGGCCAGUACUUCAACAACAAUGACCCCAACUACCGCCGUGCCGGUAUCAUGGCCCUCGGAAUGUGCGUCGAGGGUGCUCCCGACUUCAUCAGCACCCAAAUGAAGGACAUCUUCCCCAUGGUCCUUCAGCUCCUCGGAGACCAAGAGCCUAAGGUGCGUCAGGCCUCGCUGCAUGCUGUUGCCCGUCUGGCGGAUGACCUGGCCGAGGAUCUGAGUGCCGAGCACGAGCGCCUCAUGCCCUUGCUUUUCAAGAACCUGGCCAGCGCCAUGCAGGAGUACACUGGUGAGGAGAAGGGCCCCACCGUGGACAUUAUGAAGGCUGGCAUCAGCGCCAUUGACGCUGUUGUCGACGGUCUGGACGAGAAUGAUGUCGCUCCCUACCAGGCUGAGCUUGUGCCCAUUCUGCACAAGCUCUUCAAGCACCCCGACUUCAAGAUCAAAGCUCUGGCGGCCGGUGCUCUUGGCUCGCUUGCUUCCUCUGCCGGUGAUUCGUUCCUGUCGUUCUUCGACGAGUCGAUGCACCUGCUACAGGAGUUCGCUGCCGUCAAAGACAGCGAGGAAGAGCUGGACCUCCGCGCCAGUGUCACCGACGCCAUGGGCGAGAUGGCUGCGGCCGCCGGUCCCGAGCGGUACCAGCCGUAUGUCGAGCCCCUGAUGCGUGCCACUGAGGAGGCUCUGCACCUGGGUCACUCCCGUCUCAAGGAGAGCACCUACAUUUUCUGGGGUGCUAUGGCCAAGGUCUACUCCGAGCACUUCUCUCCCUUCCUCGACGGCGUUGUCAAGGGUCUCUUUGCCUGCAUCGAGCAGGAUGAGACUGAACUCGACGUCUCUCUGGGCGAAGCUGCCAAGGAUCUUGUCGGCCAAGAGGUGACUGUUGCUGGCCGCAAGGUCAAGGUUGCCAGUGCCGAUGAUGACGACGACGUCGAAGGCGAAAUCGAGGACGUCGAUGUCGAGGAUGACGAGGACGCCUGGGACGACAUCACCGCCACCACUCCCCUGUCGCUGGAGAAGGAAAUCGCUGUCGAGGUUAUUGGCGAUCUCGUCACUCACACCCGCAGCUCAUUCUUACCCUACUUUGAAAAGACCAUCGAGAUGGUGAUGCCUCUGGCCGAGCAUCCCUACGAGGGUGUUCGCAAGAGCACCAUCAGCACUCUGCACCGCUCGUACGCCAUGCUUUUUGCCAUUGCCGAGGAGAGCGGCCAGAUGCCCAAGUGGCAGCCUGGUCUGCCCCUGCAGGUCCAGCCGGCUAAGGAGGUUAAGAAAUUCGGUGAGAUCCUCAUGACUGCCACCAUUAAGAUGUGGACUGAGGAGGACGAUCGUGCUACUGUCGCCGAUAUCAACCGCAACAUGGCUGAGAACCUCCGCUACUGCGGCCCGGCCCUCAUUGCUGACGAGACGGCGCUUCACAAUGUGAUCCAGAUGGUCACCGAUAUCAUCACGAAGCAGCACCCUUGCCAGAUCGAGUUUGACCCCGAUGAGGACACCCUGGUUGCCGGUGACGAGACUUCUGAGUUCGACUGGGUGGUCGUGGACACUGCCCUGGACGUGGUUUCGGGCAUGGCUGCCGCCCUGGGUCAGAGCUUUGCUGAGUUGUGGAAGGUGUUUGAGAAGACUAUCCUUCGCUACGCAGGCAGCACUGAGUCCCUGGAGCGUGCCACCGCUGUCGGUGUGCUGGCUGAGUGCAUCAAUGGCAUGGGCGCCGCCGUGACCCCAUUCACGUCCGGCUUCCUCAAGCUGCUGCUUCACCGCCUGGGCGAUGAGGACCCCCAGACCAAGUCCAACGCUGCUUACGCUGUCGGCCGUCUCGUCGAGCACUCGACCGCGGAUGCCGAGAUCGUCAAGGAGUUCCCCACCAUCCUUUCCCGCCUCGAGUCUUGCUUGCAAAUGAACGUCUCGCGCCUCCAGGACAAUGCCACUGGCUGUGUCAGUCGCAUGAUCCUGCGCCACCGUGACAGUGUCCCGACCAAGGAGGUUCUGCCCGUGCUCGUGGACAUCCUGCCCCUCAAGAACGAUUAUGAGGAGAACGAGCCCCUUUACCGCAUGAUCUGUCAGAUGUACAAAUGGGAAGAUCCCACCAUCCGCGACCUCACCCAGCGCCUACUGCCCGUCUUCCAGUCGGUUUUGACUGGCGACGAGGAGCAGCUGGAGGACGAGCGCCGGGCCGAGCUCAUCGAGCUGGUCAAGUGGCUGAACCAGAUGCAGGCGGGUGCCGCGCCCUGGGUGGAGCAGCUGUAG